CGUCAUACACCUGUUAACGUACAUAUAUGACUGAAAACUGCAUUUUGAGGGGUUAAAGAAACAACGUCGAAGAUGCCACUACAUUUUACCAUUUCGUAUUUUCUUGUUGUCCUGCUUUAUGUGACUUAUGUUCACGGUACAAAGUCUGCAACAGCAAGUGCCGAUAUUGAGCAACUCAAGCUAAAUUACCAGCAUAUGAAUACUAAGCUUCAAAACUUAGUAAAUGAGAACCAACGGCUCAAUUCAGAAGUUACAAGACUACAAACCCGAGCAAGUGACACUACUGUCGCUUUCACAGCGAGGCUGUCACUUGACACAGAACUUUCAGCUACUGGCACGGUGAUCUUUGACGACGUCCUCUUGAACUCGGGAAACGCCUACAACGAAAGAAACGGGCACUUCACAGCUCACGUGGCAGGAACAUACCAGCUUGCCGUGUCCUUGACAAACUUUGGAAAAGAGGCACACUUUGCGGUGCAGAAAAAUGGCCACGAUGUGCUGUCGAGGUUGUAUAUAAAGAGUGGCCUCACGUACUCCUCGUCAACCGUUGUUGUCGCACAGUUGAACGCGGGAGAUGUCGUUCAAGUCAAAGGACAGUAUUUUCCAACGAACCUUCGUGAAGGACUGUACUCCGUUUUCAGUGGUUUUUUGAUAAAAUAACUAUCGUCUCUCUGUUCUGACGCAUUUAUGAGAAUUUAACUAUGACUCUGUACUUUGGGAUUUUCAAUUCUUUCUUAUGUAUAUGUAUGCAAAUAAAACUGAUACUUUAGA